GAGUCAUCUUCUGUAAAGAGUCAUUAAAUUGGUUGAUUGUGCUAUAAAAAGCAAGUGGAGGAUAGGAGAGUUUGCUGGUUGCAUGAUGGCUCCUGAAUGUAUAGGAGAGCUUCGAGACUUGCUCUUCUUCCUGCUCCUGUGCCUCACAUUAUUGGCUGAACUAUUGGAGAUGACUGCAGCUUCUGCACAGGGACUGGAUGGCGAAGGUGACAUAGUGUGCCCAUCUGUGUGUCGCUGUGAUGAGGACUUUAUUUACUGCAAUGACCGUGGAUUGAGCGCAAUCCCACCUCUACCACCAUCUGCAACUGUACUUUAUCUUCAGAACAAUCACAUUGACAAUGCAGGGCUUCCUAGGUCCUUGGAACAUCACACGACUGUGCGAGUCAUAUAUCUCUAUGAUAAUGAGCUUGAUGACUUUCCCAUGCAUUUGUCACCUUCAUUAAGAGAGCUUCACCUCCAGGACAACAAUAUUAGAGUGUUGCCAAGGACUGCACUUGCUAGACUUCCACUACUUGAAAAGUUGCAUCUGGACGACAACUCUGUUUCUACAGUGAGUAUUGAGGACCAGGCCUUUGCGGACAACCCUCGAUUACGUCUCCUCUUCCUUUCCAGAAACCACCUCUCUAGCAUCCCAUCUGGUCUUCCUGCCUCACUUGAAGAGCUCCGUUUAGAUGACAACCGAAUCUCUACUAUUCCUACUCAUGCCUUCCGAGGUUUGUCCUCUUUACGUCGCCUGGUCUUGGAUGGUAAUCUUUUAGCUAAUCAACGCAUAGCUGAUGACACCUUCUCACGCUUGUCAAAUUUAACAGAACUCUCCCUCGUCCGUAAUUCACUUCAAACACCCCCACUUAACUUGCCCAGUGCCCACCUGCAGAGACUCUCCCUUCAGGACAAUAACCUUAUACACAUGCCUCGGGGCUCACUUGAUGGAAUGCGCAGACUGCAGCGCCUAGAUCUCUCUGGAAACAAUCUGACUACCCUUCCCAGAGGAUUGUUCAGGGACUUGGAGAGCCUGGGGCAGCUACUUGUGCGAGGAAACCCAUGGCAUUGUGGGUGCAACUUGCGCUGGCUACAUGACUGGCUGGAAGCAAAGGGGAAUACAAUUACAGUGAGAGGCUUUAUCUGCCAGACACCAGAGCGAGUCCGAGACAUGGCGCUUAGAGACCUCACAAAUCAGAUGGAUGAAUGUGAGUUGGCUGCUGCUGGUGGUGGUGGAGUAGGUACAGGGGUUGGCGUUGGUGGUAACAGAGUGAGUGGAGGAGCAGCGGGAGUCAUUUCUACCACUCUUUCUCCCCCUCAAGGGUCCCUGUUUACACUCAGGUCCAAGCGACCAGGCAUCGGUCUCUCAGAAACAGGAUUGGACUACACAUUAAGCAGCAGCGGUGUGGGCAAGAACCUGGCCCUGAAUGUGAAACCCCUAUCCCAUGACAGCAUCCGUGUUACUUGGAGUGUAGCACAAACAUCUUCUUCCUUUCGAUUAAGCUGGCUUCGCCUAGGAACCAGCUCUGCCAUGGGGUCCAUCACAGAAACCUUGGUUAGAGGUGAUCGGCGGGAGUAUCUUCUCACUUCCCUGCAGCCUGCUUCCAGCUACAUCAUCUGCAUGGUACCUCUAGUAUCUAACAGUGGAAGCAGGAGUAGUUUGCCUGGGGGGGACACAGAAUCAAAUGAGGUUCCAGUUUGUGCCAGAACAGAAACAUCUGAUCCUAGCCAUUCUGAUGAUGAUGGUGAAGAUGAGAGCUCUGAUCAAUUGACUUCUCUUCCUCUUGCAGGAAUUAUUGGAGGUGCUACGGCAAUAGUUUCCCUCGCUCUUAUCAUUGCCAUUUUCUGCUGGUAUGGGCACCGUGCAGGACAUUUCACAUCACGAGGCCAUUACAGCCAUAGUAGCUCUCGCAAGAGCAAACACUAUGAUGACUACAUUGAGUCAGGCACAAAGAAAGACAAUACUAUCUUAGAGAUCAGAGGUCCAGGAUUUCAGAUGACACCAAUGGCAACAAGGCAGCCCCUUCAACCGAAACCAGUGAGAGAGGAUUACAUUAUACACACCAUCUUCCCCUCGAAUGGCACAGGUCUAUACAAGCCAUCCCAUAACAUGACCAACUCUGGCUAUGGUACCAUCCGUGGCUAUAGAGAAGGAAGCAUUCCAGAUAUAGAUUACUCCUACACAUGAUAGCUUUGAUUUAGAAACCAUAAUUAGGAGUCAUGUACUGCAUAGAUACACAGUUUUUAAUCAACAUGGGCUCUGCAGAAUCCCUUUGUGCCUUCUGGUCUCCAUUACAAUGUAGCCUGCUGUUCAUGACACUAUAAAACUUUUAAUUGGCCCAGAUGCUUAUAGGAAGCAUUAUAAAUGUGGUGCCAGGAGGCGAUGAUGCCAUUUCAGGUGGUGAUACCAAAUGCUGUUUUCACCUCCCGGUGUAAUGAUCAGUGUCCCUGACAUUGCUGUUUUAACUCUGGCUGGUGCACUGAGGUGGAUUCAAGGGCAGCCCACACCGCAUUCAGCUCACAGACUGUUCACAGAGCUCAGUGCAUAUAUGGGAGAGAGGCAGUCUUCUAAUUGGACAUAAACAACCUACUGUACAUUUUAAUAUUUGUCUUCUAUGGGAUGAAUCUCCCUGAAUCAAGGAUUUGAACCGGGAUUGACAGGAAUCCUGCAUCAACAAGGCAACCUCUUUGCUCAGAGGAAACUGGAAAUGUGUUGUUUUAAGUGAUCCUUCUGAAAAAUGCAUGGGUUCACAUGCACAGUUGUUUUUUGGAGAACAAGCUGCAGAACAUGACUACUAUUCUUAAUUUAAAUAGAGUGUCUGGACCAAGCAGAGACAUGGCCCUCAAAAACUACAGCAAGGUUUGAAAUGCCUCAAAAACUAAAUUCAUUUGAAUUCUUAUACACUUGAAAGCUGCCUGAUGCUACUACGAUAACGUCUAACAAGCGUUAUGAUGACUGUUCUAGUUUCAGACUGGUGAAAAGUUGAGAGGAUGAAUGAAAUGGCUUCAUGUGUCUUGAGGAACUUUCGAUUUUUAAAAAUUGCAACUUAACCCUGGUGUGUUGAUAGAUACAAACAAUGAAAGUUAGAUAUUGGACAUUGUCAUAACUCUGUUCCCUAGUUGUUUGAUUAUUCCCCCCCAUUUGUUUCACUUUAUUUUUUUUAACUCAUAAA